GCCAAGGGAAGAGAAUUAAAAAUCUUUGAAGUAUAUUAAACCUCAAAAGGCUCAGCCAAGUAGACUUAAAAUAGUCACUUAUUUUCCAAAACUGGUUUGUCGAGGAACAAUAAAAGGAAGUAAAAUUUAUGGAGAAAUUAUACAGUGGAUUUGUCACUUAAAAUAUCGUAACUGUCUCGGGGACAAUACCCCAUGCUGAGGAUUAAUGGUCCCUCCAGACCUUUGAUUCACCAACGCCUUUUCUUUGCCCUUGACAAAUUGGAUUUUUAGGAAUGGGAAGGUCGCCUGGCCCAUUGUCUGCCAGCCAUUCACUCCGCCUGAUUAUGCAGGAGGGUUAGGGAAAGGCUCCAUGUGACCCUCUUGGAUGGGACUCCGCAGCUGCUCGAGAAGCCAAACUCUCUCACCAAACUCUGCGCCCCAGAGCAUCCCCCUGCCAAGGGGUACCCCUCCUGCUCCCGUUGAAAAGCCGGCGCCCGCACACCGCCGCGUCACUCUGCGGGCGGAGAUACGCCUGUGCUCAUCCUCCCGCCGCCUGCCGCUGUCACGCCGGCCCCCUUAAGUACUUUGGGUUCCCGAACGCUCGCACCCAGAGGCAGCGAUGCAAACCAGCAGGGCUCCGGCCAUCAGCGUGAGCGCGGAGAGCUGCAUCCCGGCUGGGCUGCGGCUGGGUCCUGUGCCGGGCACCUUCAAACUGGGCAAGUACCUGUCAGACCGCAGGGAGCCAGGACCCAAAAAAAAGGUGCGGAUGGUGAGAGGGGAAUUAGUGGAUGAAGCCGGGAGCUCAGCUCUGGAGUGGAUAGGGUUAAUCCGGGCUGCCCGAAACUCCCAAGAGCAGACACUGGAGGCUGUUGCGGAUCUGCCAGGAGGACAGAAGUUUCCUUUCUCUCCCUCCCAGAUUUUCUACCGGGCGCUGCGAGAUGUCCAGCCGGGAGAGGAGCUCACCGUCUGGUACUCCAACCCCCUGGCGCAGUGGUUUGACAUCCCCGUCACCGCCACCCCCACGCACGACGAGAAAGGGGAGGAGCGGUACAUCUGCUGGUACUGCUGGAGGACCUUCAAGUACCCCAACAGCCUCAAGGCCCACGUCCACUUCCACUGCGCGCUGAGCCACGGCCGGCCCUUCCUCCACCACGACCACGGCCGGCCCGCCGCCGCCGCCUUCGGCCUCCCCCCCAAGGAGCCGCCGGCCGCCGCGCUGCGCGGCCACCCGCCGCCCGGCUGCGGCCCGCGGGAGGCCGUCAAGCGCGAAGCCGCCACCGCCUCCCCGCCGCUCGCUAAGCCGGGGCUGCCCAAGCGGGCGGCGGGCAAGGAGGAGCAGGAGCGCGCCCUGGACAUGAGCGUGGGGGCCGCCCGCGGGCCGGGGCUGCUGCUGGGGCCGGCGGGCGGCAACGGGCUGGCGCUCUGCCCCGGGGCGCGCUCGGCCUUCCGCCCUGCCGGGCCGCUGCGGGAGGAGGCGCGGGGCGCCACCGCCCUCGGCUUCUCCAAGCUGCUGGGGGGGCUGAAGGCGGGACGCGCCGCCGCCGAGGCGCCGCCCAAGUGCGGGGCGCUGCCGGGCGAGGCCGCCCCCCCAGCGGCGACGGCGGCGGCGGGGCUGGCGUGCGGCGGCGGGCUGCGCGCCUUCCCGCUGCUCUCGCCGCUGGAGGAGGCCUCGGCCUUCCGGCAGGUGGAGCGGGGGCUGCCCGCCGCCGCGCUGCCUCCCGCCCGCUACCCGCCGCUGCCCGGCGGCGCGCUGGAGCGCUUCGCGCUGCCGCCCUUCGAGGGGCUGAAGGCGUACGCGGGGGAGUGCGGGCUGCCGGUGAUGCCGCUCACCGUCUACAACGGGGAGCUGCUCUACGGCGCCGCGCCUUACUACCCGCUGAAGCUGCACCUCGGUGGCCUCCUCAAGUACCCCGAGUCGGUGUCGUACUUCGGGGGGCCGGCGGCGGGGCUGCAUGCUGCCGAGCUGGGCUCGCUGGCCAGCAUCGACCGGGAGAUCGCCAUGCACACGCAGCAGCUCUCCGAGCUGGCGGCCGAGAAGGGCCGCGGGCGGCUGGAGGCGCUGCCGGCAGGGGCGGCGGGGGCGGCCGGCGGGAAGCCCAAGACCGGGCACCUGUGCCUCUACUGCGGGAAGCUGUACUCCCGCAAGUACGGGCUGAAGAUCCACAUGCGGACUCACACCGGCUACAAGCCACUCAAGUGCAAGGUCUGCCUGCGGCCCUUCGGGGACCCCAGCAACCUCAACAAGCACAUCCGCCUGCACGCCGAGGGCAACACGCCCUACCGCUGCGAGCACUGCGGCAAGGUGCUGGUGCGGCGCCGCGACCUGGAGCGGCACGUCAAGUCCCGGCACCCGGGGCAGAGCCUCGGCAAGGCGGCCGAGGACAAGAAUGACUCUGGCUAUGCGCACCCCGAGCAGGAGCAAAAGACUGACAACGAGAGCGACGUCGACGUCUGCUUCACCGACGACCAGAGCGACCCGGAGAGCGGCAGCAGGCACCGCGAGCAGUGAUGCAGGAGGCGGCCGGGGCGGGGCGGGGCGGGGGCGCGCUGCAGCCCCCCCUACCCCUUACUCUGAGCUCCCGGCCUCCCAGGGUGGUCCCACGGGAGGCAGUGCCGCGGGGGACUGCGCGGCUGGCGGCGGGGCAGCCGGGAGUGCACUCUCGCCGCGGGCGUCCCGGGGCUCCCGCCGCUGCGUCCCCCCGCCGCUGCAGCCGCGGUGCGGGGAGAUAGGCCGGGAGAGGGUGGGGGGCGAAGCCCUGGCGGGCCCGGGAUCCCACCGGACAGGCACCGCAUCCCCAUAGGCGCCCGUAUCUCAGUGGCCAUAUAUUUUUAUUGUACCUUUGUGUCGAGGAAAUUGUGCCUUUUGGAAACGAUUUUUUUCUAUGUGCUCUCCCGUCACUUGUUCCAGCGCUCUGAGCCGUGGGGCUCAGCAGCAGACCCGGGUCUGCAAGCGCCUCUGGCAUCUGUACACUUUAUUUGACACCUCAGAUGUGCUUUCUCGGGUCCUAAUAAAGCAAUACCAACAGCUUUUUGGAAAGAAAGAAAGAAAAAAAGAAAAGAAAGAAAGUAAGAAAGAGGCAACAAAAAGCUACAGUUGCAGCACUGAAGAGGUUCGCGUAUAACAGGUGCACCAUUUGAUCAAGUUGCAAUUAUUUAUAACAGAUAAUAUUUGAGUAACAAAUGUAAAAUAAAUAUUGAAAAGCAUGAAUUUAAAAGCACGCACUAUAUAAUUUUAAAGGAAAUACACUCUCUGUUUGGUAGAAUACAAAUGUGGUGUAUGUUUGUUUUCUAAUGACUGAUGUACAGUGGAUACAGUAUUUUGGUCUUGGUUCCAGUUUGUCAUGCGAUUUUUUAAGAAAAAAAUAAAGUUACUGACAAACUACUGUUUGUCUAAUUGUUCACUGAUGUGUGGUCGUUAGCAAGAUCUCGUGUUUCUCUGUAACGCUCCUGAUGAUUGGGAGGCUCGGCCCAGAUCUCGUCGUAUUCAUCGUCUUUGGGUCAAGUUCUAAAGAAUUUGCCUCGAGUAUUUCGUCUGAGUAUUUUCCUCCUCUCAUGCAGCAGAAGAAACCAGCAAAACCCAAGCAAAAUCCAAUCCGUUCUUCCCUAUGCCUGCGACUUCUGGAAAAGCUUUUUGGUUUUGUUGCUUUUAGGUUCUUUUUAGCAGAGAUGUUAAAGGCUGAACGUUAUUAGUCUGCUUUAUCUGUUUGUGUUCUGUCAAACGUGCCCCUUUUGCAAACACUCUUCUUUAGAAUCGUUGGUACUUUUAUCUGAGAGGAAAAUCUCCUUAUGCCGGUGGUAUGACAAACCUGAAACGCGUUUAACUUAAAGAAGACUGUCAGAAAAAUGACUGUUUCCCCUGGCAAGUCCUCCAGGUCCCCACGCGAAGCAGUGCCGCGGUGCCGGCAGUGAGCCCAGCUCCGCGGGUCUCCGCGCUCAGCUCCGAGCUGGUGCUCUCGGUGGGAGCUUGCACCCGGGCAGGCAGAGGGGACAGGAGGGGGCCCCGCUUCUUGAUUUCGCGUAGUCAACAACUCUGGAGCAGAUAUUAAAUCUCUUGGUGGAUGCGGAUAGUUAGAAAGCGCUGAGUUUCCAGGAUCGGGCCUUAUUUCAGUCCAGGGUGUAGGUGACACAAUGGUAAAUACAAACUACUACCAGCAUCUGAAAGAGUCUCAGAUAUAAAAUUGAUCCUGCGUUUGCUCACUUAAGGCUAAACGUUCUCGAUAGUAGUAGGAAAUCGGAAUUCAAAUGCCAGGCUUGGAUUUCCUUUAAAGGUUUGAUUUGGAUUCAAAAGCUGUAGGAUUUACGAUUUUUUAAAAAUUAUUUUUUUUUGUCUGGGCUAGCUCACUAAAUACCCACUUAGUCGAUUCGCUUUUAUCCCAGGACAAAGUGGUGUUUCUGUCAUGAAAGUAA